AUGCCUUCCCUCCUCACCAUCGCCUUAGCCCUCACCCUCCUCGCCGCCACCCACGCCGCCACCCCCUCCGAAGUGGAAGCCGGCACCCUCCCCGGCUUCACCGGCGCCACCUCCGCGCACGCGGGCGACUACCUCACCAGCACCUUCUGCUUCUGCGCCGCCGCGCUCCCGAUCCCGCAACACUACAGCGAAGCGCACUACUUCCAGUUCGAAUACUACAACCAGCACCGCAACCGGACCUUCAUCCUCUCGGACCUCUGCCUCGCGGACGCGGACGCGGCGGCGACGUGCCUGGCGCCGCGGCCCGGCGACCGCAUCACGCUGGGCAACGGGGUCGACUGGGCCGGCCCCCUCUGCCGCACCUGGUACCACGGCGUCCCCACGGGUUCCGCCAGCGACACGCUGUGCUACGAGCCGAGCCGCACGGCGGACGACUGGCGGCGGUGGCGCCUGCCGGGCCCGGACGUCCUGCGGUUCAACGGGCAGUCGCGGCACCUGGACCCGAUGGGGGGCCAGGGCCCGGUGCUGCGGGGGAAGGCGGAGGCGGAGGGCGAGUGCGAGUGGUUGUGCGAUGAGCAUGCGGGGAUGCCGGCGCUGAGGGACAAUGGGUUGGCGCAGUGCCAUGUGGUUGUUUAUGAGGACUUGGAUGACAUGUGUGAUGGGUGUGCUUGA